GUGGCCGAUGGUAGAGCGUUGGAUGAGGUGAGAUGUAAUGAGCGGUAGAUGAUUGGGGUUGAGAUUGAAGAUGGUGAGAUCGUGAGAUCCACGGGGAAGGCAAAGCAAGAGAGAGAGAGCGAGAGAGCGAGAGAGAGAGAGAAAGAGAGUGAAGAGGUUCUCCCUUCUUGUACAGACACAAGAGUCACUGCUCAGUGGUAAAAGACUGAGAGCAAAGAGAGAGAGUGGAGGGGGCUGUUGGGAAACUUAAAUUGGGGUUGCAGAGUUGUUGCUUUAGCCAUGGCGGCGUUGCAGAGCUGUAAUUCUAUGUCUUUAAUGCUUACAACACAGAGAAGGAAUUGAAGGCAACGCAGUUCAAACAAGUCCGACGUGUGUCCCUAAUUCAAAAGCUGCAAUAACCCCAACAAUAAGCAACUCUCCACUCACACUCUUUUCAGACUUAGAGAGGAGGAGGGUGGUAGACACUCCCACAGCAUACACUCGGAAACAACCACAAUUUCAGCAACACUGCUUCUCCCUCCCCAUACAUACCCAGAUACGCAAAACUGGAGAACUUAUCUAACCCGCAUACCCACAGGCAAAUCAUUCUCCACCCAUUUCGUAUUUGGGUUUGAAUCUUCAAGGCCGGAGCUUCUGCUAUGGAUUUUCUGUCUCAAUUGAGGUUUUGGCCUGGUUUCAAGGUGGAAAAAUGGCUGGGUUUUUCCCAUUAGGUGGAGGGAGAGGAAGCAACCAAGACAGCAACCCACCAAACGAAAUUCCUCCUGAAAGCUGUUUUUUUUACAGGAAUGAAGACAUCUCCUACAAGGGUUUCGAGCUAUGGCAACAUCAACCGCAAGAGCAACUCCAUCAACGCCACCAACAUCAUCCACAAGACCUUUAUUCAUCUGGGCCUAGCUUAGGCGUGGGAUCCAGUAGGAGCUCAAUAAACUUGUCUGAUGAUUCUUCGAGAUCGGCGUUUCUGAUGAUGAGACAAGCAGCAGGAGGAGGAGGAACAGGAGCAGGAGGAGGAGGAGGAGGAGGAGGAAUGAGUUGCCAAGAUUGUGGAAACCAAGCGAAGAAGGAUUGCAUUCACAUGCGGUGCAGGACAUGUUGUAAGAGCCGAGGGUUUCAGUGCCCAACCCAUAUCAAGAGCACUUGGGUUCCUGCUGCUAAAAGGCGAGAGAGGCAACAACAUCUCACUGUCAUUCAACAACAACAGCAGCAACAGCAGCAACAACACCAACAGCACCAACAACAACUGCAGCUCCGUGGAGAGAAUCCCAAAAGGCAGAGAGAGAAUCCAAGCUCUUCCGCUCUCGCCUGCACUCGUUUGCCCACCCACACGUCAGGGUUGGAAAUAGCAAAUUUUCCUUCAGAAGUGAACUCUCCCGCAGUGUUCCGCUGUGUUAGAGUUAGCUCCAUUGACGAGACUGACGAUCAGUACGCAUACCAGACGGCUGUCAACAUUGGAGGACAUGUGUUCAAGGGAAUUCUCUAUGAUCAUGGUCCGGAAGGUCAUUACGGUGGAGGCGAGAGUUCCUCCGCCGGUGGCGGAGGACUUCAACAGCUUAAUCUCAUUACUGGUGCCGCAGCAGCCGCCAGUACCUCCACUGCCACAGCCGCCACCACUGGUAGUGGCAGUGCCGGUGCAGCCGCCGCAUUUCUUGAUCCUUCUUUAUACCCAGCUCCCCUUAACACCUUCAUGGCUGGUACGCAAUUCUUCCCACACCCAAGACCUUGAACGUACACCACAUUCUGCUCUCUUUCUCUCUCUCAUUCUUUCUCUCUCUUUCAUCAACUUUCACUCUUUUAUCUGCAAGGCAAUAGUGCGAUUUUGUUCUAGUACAUUUUUAACACCCACCCAUUCAACUAGGAACAAAGAAACAAAAACAAAGAGGAAAAACAAAAAUGGAGAACGAGAGGAAGAAAUGUGGAUGAUGUUUGUUUUUGUUCACAUUUCAAGGCUUAUUUAAUUAUUAUUAUUAUUAUUAUUAUUAUUAACCUUGAUUUUUUUUCUUUGUUUAUUUGGGUAUAAACCAGAUGGCAUGUAGUGUCUCUUUUGUCGUA